AUGCUGCCGUGCCUCCAAGAGCUCAGCAUCAGCGGGUGCAAAAGCUUCCGUGACUUGACUGAUGAGUUCACCUCCCUCACCUGCCUGGAGAGCUUGACCAUUUCCUCUUGCCCCGUGUCCACUCUACCUGAAAACUUCGGCAACCUGCCAGCCUUGAAAACGCUGGUGCUGCGCACCCUGCGGCUUAGCCAUUUCCCUGCUUCCUUCACCAGACUCGCAUCUCUGGAGUCGCUUUUUGUGUUUUGGUGCAUCGGGGUGGACACGCUACCUGCAGGGUUUGGCCGCCUCACUGCACUGCAGACUCUCAGCCUUGAAUGGCUGAUGAAUCUGGACCUUCCAGAAGAUUUGGGGGGACUCACCAAUCUCCAAACCUUCCAUCUCACCAAAAACACGGAAGAGCAGCUGCCGCCCUCAUUCACGCAGCUGGCGUCACUGACCAGGUUGGAGCUGGAUCGGUGCGAGAUUGCCGAGCUUCCUGCGGGCAUGGCGGAGAUGACAAACCUGCAGGAGCUUUGUCUUCGGAAGUGCCCGGCCAUCAACGAGCUUCCGGAAUUUGUGACGGCGCUGGUCAACCUUCAAGUGCUGAGGAUUCAGGAGUGUCGCCGUCUCUCAUCGGUUCCCAGGAGGCUGGACAGCCUCACCAGGCUGAAAGAGUUGGAGCUGAGGAAAUGUUGGCUGCUGAGAGAAGCCCCACAGGUUCUGCCAUUCAGUCUCCAGGCACUAUCUUACUUCGAAAACAGUCAGCACAUGGUGUCUCCGCCAGACAUUUCAAGGCUUACCGAGCUCAGGGUGCAGCUGGGCGAAGAUGCAGAGGGGUUUCUGUCCCUGUUGGCAAGGCUACCUCGCCUCCGCGUCUUGACGCUCAAGGAGGCCCGCAGCUUGAACAGGCUGGUGGAAUCUGACGGCCCGCCGUUGCAGGAGCUACGGCAGCUGAACAUCCACACCACGGGUGAAGAACUCACGGCACUGCCUGCUGCCAUCACCACUCUCCACCGCCUCACAUCCAUUCAGAUCCAUGCGCGGAGGUUAUCUUCCCUUCCAGAUGCCAUUGGGGCAUUCUCAAGGCUGCGCAGGCUGGACUUAUCCAACUGCUGGUCCCUCACGCAUCUCCCUGCUUCCCUCACGCAACUCUCCUGCCUGCAUCAUCUCAACAUCAGCAACACCCACAUCCGCCUGCUUCCUGCUGGCUUUGCUCAGCUCAGCAGACUGAAGUUCCUUGACCUUCAGAAUUGCAAGCAGCUUCUGGCUCUGCCUUACGACAUAGGAGAUCUUAGAAUGCUCCAACAGCUUCUAAUCAAGGGCUGUGACAUGCUCCAUAUUUGA